AUGGUAGAUGAAGAGAUGCGCGAUUAUAUUCAGCGUGGUCUUGGAGAAAAUGGCUUCGAGGUAGUCGGCUUGCAGACGAAUGUUGAAAGGGUAAGGCAGAUGAAGUCCGAGGAAGAGAUUGAUAUACUGCGUGCCGUCAAUACGGGAAGUGUGGAAGCUGUUCGGCAGAUGAGGAAAUGUUUGUACCCAGGGCUCACGGAGACAGAGAUUCAAGAAGUUCUUGAUAAUACGCUUCGUGCAGUGGGGCUAGAACCAUUCUUUGAUAUAGUCUUGUUUGAUGAGAAUGCUUCAAACCCUCAUGGUGGUACUGACGGGUCUAAACCCCUGACUGCUGAGACGUUUGUCCUCAUUGAUGUUGGUGCUCAUCUCUAUGGAUACUCUUCGGAUAUCACUCGAACAUUCUUUCCUCCUUUCUUGGACAAGUCGCAGUCAGAGAAGAGCAUCUCGCCAAGUUUGAAAAAAAAGCUCGAAGUCUGGGACAUUGUCUUCGCAGCCCAGUCUCGAUCAUUCGAACAAAUUCGCGUAAACGCAACUGCAGCUAGUGUCGACAUUGCUGCAAGAGACGUAAUUGAAAGAGCUGGAUAUGGACAUGCAUUCACACAUCGAGUCGGUCAUGGUAUCGGCAUCAAAGCACAUGAAAGUCCAUAUAUGAACAAGGGCAACCACAAAUCUAUUCUUCAACCGGGCAUGACGUUCACGUCGGAGCCUGGAGUAUAUCUGAUAGAUGAGUUUGGGGUGCGUGUUGAAGAUGUUGUGCUUGUGAAUGGAGAGGAUGAGGAGCCUACUCUGUUGACAGGGCAGCGAGCACAGGGACCAUGGGAUCCUUGA